GAAAAAGACAUUAAACAAAGAUCUAACUCGGUCUCCCCUGUGGAGAAAGCAAAGGAGACCCAGCAGAAAGAGAAGAAGCAGAGCAUCUAUCCAGCUGUGGCGGCCCUGCAGCUGUUCACUCUCUUCUGCUGUGGAGGGAAAGUCAAGCUGAAGAAAACUCGUCCCUCUCAGCACAGACAGAGUAAAAAGGACCAGGACGAAGAUAAUGCAUCUGAUACUGGCUCAGACUGGUCUGGAGGAGAUGUUACAACCAAAAAGGCAAAUCAAAGGACACCCCGGCAAGUGAAGACCCAUGUGGAGAAAAUUUACAUAAGUCCUGACUCUCCGACUCUACCACGUGCCCACAGCUCCCUCUCCCAGUUCUCCCUGGCUAGGAACCUGGCCAUCCUCCCGCUGGAGUGGCAGCUACCUGGAGUCCCUCUGACCACCUCGUCUAUGGCAACUAGGACAGAGAGAAAGCCAUCCACUACCAACACUUCGACACAGGCGCAGACAGAAACACAGACAACAGAUAUGAACACAGACACACAGACCACUGCCACCUCUCAGAGACAGAUCUCCAUGGUGACCACCCAGUCAUCAGAGACCAUGACAGAGGUUCACACAUCAGACUCAAGCACCCAGAACUCCACUCCUGACAUGGCACUGACCCCUGAGAGCACUAAGGACAUGAUCGCUACUGAUGAGGAUGUGAAGGAUGACUCUGCUGAAGAUUUGAUCUCCACCCUAACAGACACCUCUAUGGAGAAAACCGUCAGUGAGACCAGCCUGAAAGCCCUCAUCGCUGAGGAUGAGGAAGAUAACAAUGAGAUGAAGGAUAUGGCUGCCUCCGCUAGCCCUGCUACUGAUAAUGCCAAUGAGGAUGCAAAGCUACUGGAGCUUGCAGCACUUUAUGACUACAUGUUGACAGUGGAGACCGAGCUGUAGGCCUAAUGAACAUUUCAAUAUAGCAAAAGCUAUACUAUGAUCAAUUAAUAAAAACAGUUAAUAUUUCUGCAGCAAAUGUUCACUACUGUUGAAGCAGCAUGCUUAGGUUAGGCAUAUGUGUUUGAAUUCACCAAAACUAAUACAUAAACAAAAAAUAUAUCAAACCACUACAGGUAGGGAAGAGUGAAUACAUCAGCAUUGAGUUAAUUUGGUCAAUAAUGAUCCAUGGGCAUAUUACAUUCUGUAAUAUAUGAAAUAACAAUCACCCACAGUGAAUACAAAGCAGACAUGUUCUAUUUUCUCCCUCUGUCCUUCCCUCCCAUGUCCUGAUGAGGUUUAGAUUGUCUUGUUAUCCACCCCUUCAACUGUUUAGCAUUUUAAUAACGCCGCGCAAUAUCAGGGCCUAAUUAUUUUUGAUUCACAUGCUUAAAAUAGAGCCCACAUAUCACCACAUAUCUGAGCGGCCUGAAGGUGCUGUGUUACUGGUGGGUUUCCAACAGAUUACAGGGAGAUUGGUGAAAUAAGUCAACCUAAAUAGGGACGAUAGGAACAUUAUCAUGCUACAGCCUCAUUCUCUUUGCCUAUAUUACAGCAGGGAGGAUAUAUUGGUGUCAUCAGAGUAAUGGAGUACCACACAUACUGUAUGUACCUCAUGUUUUCACACAUCAUGAUGU